GCUUACAUUAACUUUACGCCUUCCCUUAUCCUCUGCAUCGUGUCAUGAAUAAAUUCUUCAAAAGCUCCAAAGUGGCUCUGAGGCUCUUUAAUUGCCUUAACCGAAUCCAACCGGCCACAACCAUUUACGGAGCCCGCCAGCUGUCCCAAUUUGCUGGUGACUUUCUUUCUAGUUCCGCAAAUUAUGUUCCAUUGACACCCAUAAGUUUCUUGGAGAGAGCAGCUAAUGUUUUUCGCGAUACAACUUCCGUUGUGUUUGGCUCUUCUGUGAAAUAUACUUGGGAACAGACACAUUCUAGGUGUCUCAAGCUUGCUUCUGCUUUAGUUCAGCUUGGAAUUUCAAAGGGAGAUGUGGUUGCAACUUUGGCUCCCAAUGUACCAGCAAUGCAGGAGCUGCAUUUCGCAGUACCAAUGGCCGAAGCAGUUCUUUGUACAUUAAAUACUCGUCUUGAUUCAUCAAUGGUAGCUAACUUGCUUAAACAUUCAGAAGCGAAGAUCAUAUUUGUUGAUCAACAAUUGCUCCAAGUUGCUCAACAAGCAGUCUCCCUACUUUCAAAAGACAAAACAAUUAAAACACCAAUUUUUGUGCUAAUCCCGGAAUAUGAGAAUUUCUCUCCGACAUAUGAUAUUCACACAUACGAAAAUCUUUUGUCAAGUGGGAGUAGCAAUUUUAUAAUAAGAUGGCCAAAAAGUGAAUUUGAUCCCAUCACUAUCAAUUAUACUUCCGGCACAAUGUCGUCACCCAAAGGGGUUGUGUACAAUCACAGAGGUGCAUAUCUCAAUACUAUUGCUACUUUUCUCUGUCAUGGCAUGAGCUCGAUGCCAACGUACCUUUGGACAGUUCCAAUGUUCCACUGCAAUGGAUGGUGCAUGAUUUGGGGAAUGGCUGCACUUGGUGGAACAAACGUUUGUCUUAGGCAUGUCUCCGCAAAAGAUAUAUUUGAAAAUAUUUCUCUCAACAAGGUCACACAUAUGAGUGCAGCACCAACUGUCUUGAAUAUGAUGGCAAAUUCUCCACCAAAUGACAGGAAGCCACUUCCGCACAAGGUCCAAAUAUUAACAGGCGGAUCACCACCGCCUCCACAGAUCCUUUCCAAAAUUGAGGAGCUUGGCUUUGGUGUAACUCACGCAUAUGGACUAACAGAGACUUACAGUGCUGCUACAACUUGCUCGUGGAAGCCUGACUGGGAUUCCUUGCCCCUUGAGGAACGAGCAACACUUAAAUCAAGACAAGGAGUGCAACAUCUUUGUAUUGAAGAAGUUGACAUUAGAGAUCCUGAGACCAUGGAAAAGGUGCCAGCUGAUGGAAAGACCAUUGGUGAGAUUGUGUGCAGAGGGAAUACUGUGAUGAGUGGAUAUUUAAAAGAUGUUAAAGCAACCAAAGACGCUUUUAAAGGUGGAUGGUUUCAUACUGGUGAUCUUGCGGUGAAACAUCCAGAUGGGUAUAUAGAAAUUAAGGAUCGGUUGAAAGACAUUAUAAUAUCUGGAGGUGAAAAUAUAAGCACACUCGAAGUGGAGAAAGUUUUAUAUAGUCAUCCAGCAGUUGUUGAAGCAGCAGUGGUCGCACGGCCAGAUGAUCAAUGGGGUCAAACACCUUGUGCAUUCAUAAAACUAAAGGAUGGAUUUCAUGAAAUUAGUGCACAAGAAAUAAUCAACUUCUGUAGAGAUCAUUUGCCUCAUUACAUGGCACCCAGGACAGUCCUUUUUGAAGAUUUACCAAAAACAUCAACCGGCAAGGUACAAAAAUUCAUCUUGAGGGAGAAAGCAAAUGCUUUGGGCAGUCUAUUUUUCACUGAAAAGAGAAGUGCCAUAAGUUGUUAG